GCACUUCCGCGUUGUCGGAACUCCAAACACGAACGGUCCAGUCGGAAGAGUUUCGCCGUUCGUGAGCCGUAGCAUCUCUGCAUCCAGGCAGCAAAACGGAGCUGGUCAGAAGUGUUAUGUCAUCUGACGCCCCCCUGCUGCUGCCGUGCUGUUGACCACAUCCAUUAUAUUUAUCAUGUCUGUUGGGGACAGCCCUCACCUGCUGCUUGGCAGAAUCCGCUUCUUGAAUCGAUGCAUCGAGAGUUUCAGGAGGAGUGAACCGGUACCCGAGAGUUUGUGCUAUGUCCCCAAAGAGGUGUGCUACAAAAUCUGCAAGGACUCAUCAUCCAGCUCCUCUGCUUCUUCCGGAGCCUCCGCGGGGGGCUCCUUGGUUGGUAAAACCCUCCUGUCCGUCUUUGAGAGUCCCCUUCAGAUUCCUCACAACAAGAAGGCGUACAAGUACAACAUCGAACCAAAGAAAGGCACCUGUAUCCGGACCACUGGGGAAGAAUACUGCAACAGCCAGGGCCUUUGGGUCAAAGUGAACAAGGAGCAGCUGGAGGAGCAUCGUCCUGGUCAGGAGUUGGAAGAAGGCUGGAUCCUGGUGUGUAAACACACAGAGGGCGGUGACAGGUUGGUUCCCGUGGAGUCGCCAGAGGCGGUCAGCAGACAGCAGCAGCUCUUCGGCUAUGACCACAAACCCAGCAGCAGGUGGGAGGAGGUGGUGGAUGCGGAAAAUGCACUCUACAUCGGUUCCAAGCCCAAAAUUUCAGAUUGUGACGCCGCCGCUGUCCAAAAGCUGAGGUAUGUCCCUCCCACGUGGACGUAUGAAUGUGACGAGGACCUGGUGCACUACUUUUAUGACCACAUAGGAAGAGAGGACGAGAACCUGGGGAGUGUGAAACAGUGUGUGACCAGCAUCGACGUGUCUUCAUGCUCAGAGGAUCCCAGUGGUGGGACGAGCUGUCUCACAGAUGGGGACACUGAGACAUACUGGGAAAGCGACGGCAUGCAGGGACAGCACUGGAUCCGGCUGCACAUGAGGAUAGGCACUGUAGUCAAUAAGGUGAUUUUGACCGUGGACUCGACGGACGACAACUACAUGCCGAAGAGAAUCACGGUUUAUGGAGGAGAAGGAGACAAUCUGAAGAAGCUGAGUGACAUCACCAUAGACGACAAUCUGAUUGGAGAGGUGUGCGUCCUGGAGGACAUGACGUCUCACCUGCCGGUUAUUGAAAUUAGAAUUGAAGAAUGUAGAGAUGAGGGCAUAGACGUGCGGAUUCGAGGUUUAAAGAUCAAGUCUUCGUGUGAAAGGGACCUGGGUCUGAACGCUGAUGUUUUUCAGUCCUCUAACCUGGUCCGUUACCCCCGGCUGCAGGGCACCCCGCCUGACAUCCUGUACCGCAGAGCCAUCGUCAUCCAGAGGUUCAUCAGUCUCCUGGACAGUGUGCUGCCACACCUGGUACCGGCCUGGGACUACAGCCUGGGAACAUUUAACCAGGUCAAAAGCAUAAAGCAGUUCCUGCUGCUGUCCAAACGCCGCUCCGCCCUCAUCACUCAGUGCCUGAAGGACUCCGAGACCAGCAAGCCAAACUUCAUGCCUCGACUCUACAUCAACAGACGUCUGGCCAUGGAGCACAGAGAUAAUCCGUCUGUGGACGCCAGCUGCAAGAACGCCGUGUUCAGUCAGGUGUAUGAAGGCCUCAAACCAUCCGACAAAUUGGAGAAGACGUUGGAUUAUAGGUGGCCCGCUCGAUACGAUCAGUGGUGGGAGUGUAAGUUCAUCGCUGAGGGAAUCAUCGACCAGGGAGGAGGAUUUCGGGACAGCCUGGCGGACAUGUCGGAGGAGCUUUGCCCCAGCUCGGCCGAGUGCCCCAUGCCUCUGCCGUUCUUCACCCGAACCUCCAACCAGGGCGCCUUAGAGGCCAGAGACUACUACGUCCCCAACCCGUCCUGUAAGGACUUCCACAAGUACGAGUGGAUCGGUCAGCUCAUGGGAGCUGCUCUCAGAGGAAAAGACUUCUUGGUGCUGGCGCUGCCCGGGCUGGUCUGGAAGCAGCUGACCGGAGAGGCCAUCAGCUGGAGCAAAGACUUCCCAGCAGUCGACUCGGUUCUGGUGAACCUGCUGGAGGCCAUGGAGAACAUGGACAAGGAGACCUUCGAGUUCAGGUUCGGGGACGAGCUGGUCUACACGACCCCUCUGAGCGACGGCCAGCUGGUGGAGCUCGUCCCCGGCGGCGGCAACGUGUCCGUUCGAUACGAGGACCGCAAGGAGUUCAUCCGCCUGGUGGAGAAGGCUCGGCUGGAGGAGAGCAGGCAGCAGAUCGCAGCCAUGCAGGCAGGACUGCUGAAGGUGGUUCCUCAGGCCGUUCUGGACCUUCUCACGCUGCAGGAAGUGGAAAAGAAAGUGUGUGGAGACCCGGAGGUCACCGUGGAAGCCCUGAAACGCCUCACGCGCUAUGAAGACCUGGAGCAAGGCGACCAAAGGAUCCAGUACUUAUGGGAGGCGCUGACUAGCUUCACCAACGAGGAUCGCAGCAGGUUUCUGAGGUUCGUGACGGGUCGGAGUCGUCUCCCUGCACCGAUCUACGUCUACCCGGACAAACAAGGGUCCGAAACAACCGAUGCGCUUCCACAGUCGUCCACGUGCUCCAGCACCCUUUAUCUACCCAACUAUCCAAGUGCGAAGGUUUGCGAGGAGAAGCUGCGUUACGCUGCGUACAACUGCGUGGCGAUCGACACCGACAUGAGCCCCUGGGAGGAGUGACCAACAAAAACCAGACGCCGAGUUCACCGCCACAUCCCCACAACCACGUCUUAGCAGUAGCUGUAUAUAAUAAAGA